CGCGCUCACGCCGGGCCUGAGCGGGGAUGACACCGAGAAGGGUGCGGAAAAGACUGGUGGCCCCGCCCCUCGGUCCCUACCCUUCGGAGGCCGGGGUUUCCCGCUCUGAGGGAUCUUGUGCCGCCGCCGCGGCCGCCACCUGGGGUUUUUUUCAGACGCGGGGUUUCCCUGCCAGCCACAAGGAGUCCAGGGAGGAAAAACGGAGCCUAGGUGCCAAUAACCCAUACCUCCCGCGUCUCUUCAGCCCGAGAUCGCCCCGGCAGGGAUGGGCGACAAGAUCUGGCUACCCUGCCCGGUGCUCCUCCUGGCCACUGUCUUCUCAGUGCUGCUGCCGGGGGCGGCCGGCUUCACGCCCUCCUUAGACAGCGACUUCACGUUUACCCUUCCGGCCGGCCAAAAGGAGUGUUUCUACCAGCCCAUGCCCCUGAAGGCCUCUCUGGAGAUUGAGUACCAAGUUUUAGAUGGAGCAGGAUUAGAUAUUGACUUCCAUCUUGCCUCUCCAGAAGGAAGAACCUUAGUUUUUGAACAAAGAAAAUCAGAUGGAGUUCACACGAUAGAGACUGAAGAUGGUGACUACAUGUUCUGCUUUGAUAAUACAUUCAGCACCAUUUCUGAGAAGGUGAUUUUCUUUGAAUUAAUCCUGGAUAAUAUGGGAGAACAGGAGCAAGAACAAGAGGACUGGAAGAAAUAUAUUACUGGCACAGACAUGUUGGACAUGAAAUUGGAAGACAUCCUGGAAUCCAUCAACAGUAUCAAGGCCAGACUAAGCAAAAGUGGUCAUAUCCAGACUCUGCUUAGAGCAUUUGAAGCUCGUGAUCGAAACAUACAAGAAAGCAACUUUGAUAGAGUCAAUUUCUGGUCUAUGGUUAACUUAGUGGUAAUGGUGGUAGUGUCAGCCAUUCAAGUUUACAUGCUAAAGAGUCUAUUUGAAGAUAAGAGGAAAAGUAGAACUUAAAAUUUUAAACUAGAGUACUUAAUACUGAAAAAAAAAAGGCGGAGAAAUGCAAUACACUGUUAUAAUCAAGACCAUUAAUAGUCUUUUUAAAAAAUGUUUUCAGGCAUUACCACAAGUGUGAAAUGAGUAUAAUUUUAAGGUGAAAGGAGUCUUCACUUUCAUCUGUGCAAGUAAUCUUAUUGCUUCACUUGUACUUAAGGGUAUAGCAGAAAUAUUUCAGAAUGUAGGUAUAAUUGAAUGAAGCCAUAUUAAUCAGCAUUUUCCUGAGUCUGAAAAAAUUUGGCAAAUGUCAUAGGUGAUUUAAAUAAAUGAACUUUUGGGCUAAAUGCAACACCAAACAUUGUUUUUAAAAGACUGUCUUAUCUAGAAGUUUCUUUGUACAUGUGGCAAUUACAAAUUAGAAGUUUUCAGUAUAUUGAAGUUUCUUUGUAAAUGUAGCAAUUAUAAAUUAAAUGUAUAAUUUUUCAGUAUAUUAAAUUAUAAAUCAUCUGAGAAUUACCUAAUCAUGAAUUGGAUAUAUCUUUAGAAAACAAAAACUCAACUUUUCUUUUUAUAUAUGUAUCUCUCCUAUAAUGUAAACAGAAGCAUAGCUGUGAAAAACAGAUUUGUGAGUUUUUUUAUAACCAAAUAUAUUUGAAUUUAAAUAUUAGCAAAAGUAUUAUAUACUUAGCUUAUAUUCCCCAAGGCCAACAUCUUGAUAAUUCUUAAAAAUGCUCAGUCAUUAUGAAAAUUGGAACAAAUUUUCUCUUUUGAAAUGAAGUAGCUCUAUAAGGAGCUACUCCAUAAGGAGUCUCCAUAAGGACACAUUUUGUCUAGUCCUUAGCUAAGAUCUAGAAUUUUGAAACUAAAUGUGAGGGAAAAUAAUUUUAUUUUUAUAUUAUCUAUCAACAGUGUUAUGUUAGUUUUAACAUGACUACUGACUUGGAUAAUACAUUAUUAUCAACAGUUGUGAAGGAAAUAUUGCUUGAAAAUCUAGGCCUUAAAUAAAUAUCUCCUUUUCUGAGUUCUCAAAAUCAACAACAAUCAAGAAGAAUUUAGGUAAGCUUGAGAACAUCUGAUCAAAAUUAAGUUCACUUUAUUCGAACCAUUUCAGAUCAUAAAUUAUUUAAUAUUUGUUUUUCUAAUAAAUCCUUACAUAUUUUUUUUAAUUCACUUAAAUAAACUCUAAGUAUCUGGAAUCUGAUUGAUUAAUCAUAAAGACCCAAUCCUAGUAUCAAUCAUGAGACUAAAUCCCAGAUAACUGAAGAAACUAUACUUGGCUAGGGUUUUAUUUUUCUAUAGUUGUUUUAUUCUGUUUUGAAUUGUCUUUUGUAAGUAUUCAGGUACAUUUUAUGAAACAAACUCUACUGUAAGGUAUAGCACUGGGUACAUACAAUUGUUAUAACUUUCAUUAAAUGAACUUUUUGAUCACUUUAUUUAUUGGCAUUCAAGUAAGGAUUUGAAAGCCCACAGAAUCCCAAAUUUAAAGUCAGUAUGUGAAUAACUAUGUAAAUCUCUGCCAUCCGUGCUUAUUGCAAUCUGAGCAUUACUCAAAUACUAGUAAUUUAGCUACAUCAUGAAUUAAAUAGAACUUUUAGGUUAUACCCAUUUGUAAUAUUAAGACAAAUAGGCGUUAGAAACAAUCAACGUUAAAAAUUUGAGUAUAGAACCUCUCUGUAUAUUACUACUGCUGGAAUUCUUAAUAAGCAAUGAUCUUGAGAGAAUGGUUUUGGUUGUUAAUUUACAGUCAGAAUGGUACAAAGGAGAUUUAUUUCCCUCCUUUUUACACCCUUGGGAGGAUGAAAAGGUUAGCUGUCUCUGCUAUGAAGCUUUUUAAAAAUGAGGUAAAUGCCAUAUACAAUUGAUUACCUUAACUGGCCAAGAAAAUGUUUUUUUAAGUGUCCAGGAGUAGUGCCUACAAUACAUGCAAAACAAGGGCCAACAAUCACUUAUGAAGAGACCUCUCUGUCCCCCUUCUGUUAAACUUAUAAUGAGAAGCAACCUUACCAUACUAUAAUAAAACAGUACAGAUAGAAACUACUGCAUCUUUUCUAUAAAACUGUGAUUAAGAAUUCUACCUCUGGCUGGUUACUGUACUGUACUGAUUCCUUGUCUAACAAUGCAUUUGUUAAAUUAUCUAUGAUAAUUUGUGCCACUGAUUUAAACUAUGAUUCAGUGUAAUCUCUUAUCUUAUAAUGGCCUUAUCUGGAAACAAAGAACUUAGGAAUAUUGAGGACAAUUUUAUUUUUAUAGGCACAAAAUGAAGAGUGGGUUUAAGAAGGAUGUUACUUGUAUUAACCAAAAAAGUAUAAUUAGCAAAUAAAUAAAUAUUUCUAAAGGCAUAUAGCUUAUCUGCUUUAUGGUUUUUUAAAUGUCAAUAUUGAGUUUUGAAAUUAAAAUUAAGCAACUUACCACUUAAUGUCUGAGUUUGUCUUCAGUUUUUAGUUAAACUCUUAAAAAUACAAUAUUUAAGGCCUAGAGUUUAUUCUUAUUUGCAUUUGGGUCAUUAAUGGUGUGUCAUUCUUUCAUGUGAAUGUCAAGGUUAGAAGGUAAGUGAAUGUCAAGGUAUAGAAGGUAAUUAAGUUGUUGAAGUAGCAUGGAAAUAAAUUAUAAAUUGAAAUGUAAUUUUAUGUUAAGUAUGUUUACUCUUCUUCAGUAUUGUUAUUAUGUCUUAAAAUUAACAAAAAUUGAGUACCUACAAUUGUAAGCCUCCCCAAAUAAUUCUUUAAACUUUUAAAAGAUUCAGCAUGUAGUAACUUCAUCUUCAUACACAAUCAAUGUUUAUAAAAUUGAUUUAUAGUUGUGAAUAGCCAUAUUAAAUGAGCAGUGAAUACCGUUCUGAAUAAAAAUUACAAAGAAAAUCUUA